AUGGCGGAGACUGGAGCAGCUGAGGUCGGGAACUCGAGGACCAAGUGCUGGAGAGAGAUGGUAAGGGAAGUGUGGUCUGUGUUGGUUGCAGCCUCUACUGUGACGUGGAUCGCGGCUGUGUUGGGCAUGCUAAGAGUAACUGAGGCCCAUGCUAACACUGUUACCUACACCUUUACACAGUUCCCUUAUAAAGAAUCUGUGGCUAAUGAGAAGCUGUGGUCAGAGUAUGAGGUAGCCUGUGCGCAGUCCCCAAGGUGCCUGGAGCUCCGAGGCGUGCAGCACACGCGUUGUGUCCGUCAGUGUGUGUCUCCUUCUUGCUACCUUGACAUCUAUACUCAUGAUGAGCUUGAAGAAGGAGAAAUUGAUGUGCGACUGUCUUCCUUCAAAGGAUGCUUUCUCCAACGUAUGUCAGGACAUCGGCGACCCUGA